UUGGGAUUUUCGAUAGUAUCGCGUUCCAUUGAGGUUACGUGUUCGAUCAUUUCUCCAUCGAUCACGCUAAAUUCGUCGAUCGCACAAACGAUUCGUGUUUUUCGAAUAAUUCACGUUUUCCUGCUGUGACACGCGCACUCUUUCAACCUGGAGAACUCAACGAAACAAGUAUACGGUGUUACAGUCAUGAUCAAUUUUUAAAGAGGAAGCUUUACUCUGGAUAAUUUGUUCCGUUCGUUCGUUCCUUCCUUCCUUCGUACAUAAUGUCUUGGUUAUUUGGAAGAAAGAAACAUCACAAAGACUCGCCACCGGAUACCACGGAAGAGGAUCAAUCUUUGGGCCAACCUGACGAUUAUGUAGUCAUUAACAAAUGGCCUAAUCCGAUGCCACCGAACACGGCUCAUGACUCGUUGCCGUACCCCGGCGGUCAUUUAUAUCCGUCCGUUCCACCUGUUUCAGAUUACAGUGGAGUUCUUUUGGACGAUUCUUCGAAAGAAUCUAAUCAAGGAGAGAAUGCGCAUUAUCUGAACGGAGUACCGUUUAAAUUGUGCAAACGCCUCGAUAAUAAUAUGAACAACAAUUUAGAGAUAGACAAACUCAGAAUCAGUGAAAUGCUCUCGUUUAUAGAAAGAAUAAGAAAUCAGGAUUACGAUUACAGUUUCUCUGUGGAGGAAAGCGUGGUGGCAGAAAUGAACAAUGGAAUUAACGAAUGAUUUCUUUUGGCACUAACAGUCUUGACGCUGAUCAAAUUUCUUUUCGUGCACACUGCACCAGCUUGCGUACAGAGCAAGAUGCCUUUAUAAAAGCUCAAGGUUUCUGGUGUUGCAAUGAAUUAUGGACACACAUAUGUAUGUACACUCGACAAAACGCGAGUAUAAGUUUAUUUUUUUUAAACAAAAAAUUACAACUUGACGCGACUGCAUUGUAAUAUAUCGUGUAUCGAUACGUUUAAGUUCUUUCAUCAACUUUUACAUCAUAGGUGUCACGAUAUUGUAUAUCUGUAACAUAAGUGUAAGUUUAGAGAGUCGAUGCGUGUUUGUAAUAAAGUUUAAAUUACCAAA